GAUCGGGAAGUGGAAGCUCUCCCUCCCAAAAUGACCCCGGUCGCAACCGAGAAUUUAGGGAGCCCCAUCCAUCUCAGUGGAGUUUUUCAGAACCUGGCAUGCUGGAAAGAGGGGUGGGUUUGGCUGUGAUAGUGGAGCCGUCUUAGCGUUGUUGACUGCGAGUGGGGCCCGGUUGGAUCCAGUGCGGUUGGUCAGAGCUCCAGUCCGUCCCGUCAUCCUGGAGUACCUGGAUGGGACGAGGACAGCCGACGUCGACAUCAAUCUGUCUGGCGAUACGACCGCAACCGUAACCGCAGGCUGGCCUCGACAUUCACUACCGACGAAUUGAUCGUCCAUACCAGAAUUUGAGUACAAUUAUCGCCAGCCACCCAAGUUCCUAUUGUCGCAUAGCCCUCGUUCCCCCGACCAAUACCCGACGAAGCCCAUCAUGGCGACUUCGCAAGCAGACGCUAAGGACCGUCAGUUCCUGGCCGUGAUAGGAGAUGAGGACUCCGUCACCGGACUCCUCCUCGCAGGCAUUGGCCACGUUACGGCUCCCCCAGACUCGCAAAAGAACUUUCUUGUGGUGGACAACAAGACGGAUAAUGCCACUAUCGAGGCGACCUUUGAGCGCUUCACGACCGAGAGGAAGGACAUUGGUAUUGUUUUGAUUAACCAACAUAUCGCUGAUAGGAUACGGCACCGAAUCGACACCUACACCGCGGCCUUCCCUACCGUUCUCGAGAUCCCGAGCAAAGACCACCCUUACGACCCCGAGAAGGACAGUGUUCUCCGCAGAGUCCGUCGUCUGUUUGGCGAAUAAACGUGUUUACCCAGUUUAGCAUGGACAUAAUGAACGGGGAAUGGUACGGCAUGAUGGAAGGAAUGGAAGCAGUCAGGUUCAUGGGGGGCAUAGCGAGAUCAAUAUGCCCAUGACAUCACAGCAGCGGCGCGCAAUGCGGACUCUUUUUGUUGCAAAGGAACUCAGAAUACCUAUAAAGAAGCAGAACGACGGGAAUGUU